GUAGCUCCUUCAUCUGUUUCCUACAACGUAGCUCCUGUGGACCCUGUUCAGUCUCAGUAUCACGCUCAGGAUGAGAUCGGUCAGUACUCCUUCGGUUACGCCGGCGGUGCAUCUUCACGCGCUGAGUCUCGCGAUGCCUUCGGUGUUGUCCGUGGUUCGUACAACUGGGGCUCUGAGGGAAAGGUUCAGACUCAGCACUACGUGGCUGACGCCCUUGGCUUCCGUGCGUCCGGCACCAACCUUCCCGUGGCUCCCGACGCCCCUCUGGCCGCCCUCCCCGGCCCCGUCCUGAACCCGUCCAGGACACUGCUGAGGUAGUCGCCGCCAAGCUCGCCCAUUUCCAGGCCUACAACGAAGCCGCCGCCGCCGCCGCUGCCGCCCCAGACAC